CCUCACGCCGCAAUCGCACCACUCAACCCAUCGACUUAGGGCACCAUGAUCAAGAUCUGGAGUAUGAAGAAGAAUGAGGAUGCGGCAGCGAAGAAGAAGCCCAAGACUAGUGCGGCUCAGAUUCGCGUGCAGAAAGAUUUGACCGAAUUAGAUUUGCCACCAACUAUGAAGACAUAUUUUCCCGAUCCUAGCAACCUCCUCAACUUCACUCUCACCAUCUCUCCUGAUGAAGGCAUGUACAAGGGAGGCGCGUUCGUUUUCUCAUUUGUCAUCAACACCAAUUACCCGCACGAGCCUCCAAAAGUCAAAUGCACACAAACAAUCUACCAUCCGAACGUUGAUCUCGAGGGCAACGUAUGCCUCAACAUUCUCAGAGAAGACUGGAAGCCAGUCCUCAACUUGAAUUCGGUUAUGGUCGGCUUGCAGUACCUCUUCCUCGAGCCAAACGCGGACGACCCUUUGAACAAAGAGGCUGCUGAAGAUCUACGCAGGAAUCGAGAUCAGUUCAUUCACAACGUUAUGGCCUCUAUGCGGGGAGGCUAUGUGAAGGGUGUACAGUAUGACAAAGUAUUCAUUAGAUAAUGGCACUGUAACUCCUUGUAAUCCCGACUAUAACGCUCAUUCUUCUGUAUUUUUUCUCCUUGCAUUCUCCUCGUUGUCAUCUUGCUUUCGUUUAUCUCUCGCCUCAUACUGUUUCUCUACUUCUAUCAAUUGUUCUUGGAUAGAUAGAUAAAGAUCGAAUAAGGUAGGAAGCUAGCAGAAGUCUCGCCUUCCACCCAUCACAUAUACAUCUAGUCUGUCAAUACUCUGUUAUCUACGUGCCUGUUGACGGAGAUGUCGCGCUCAAUGGAUCAUCGCUCAGCUGCC